CCAUCAUAAGUAACACACUCCACCUCUAACUGAUUCGAUCAAUGGACGCCAACUGCAAUCCUCUUCCCCUUCUUCUUCCUCUCGUUCAGCUCAAACUAAAGUAGCCUUCUCUCUCAUCUCCCCUUCUUUCAUCUCUAUGGCAAUUGGUCAUCUAUCAUUGUCCAUGUCGAUCACAGUCGCAGUUCUUCUUCUAGGCCUUCCGAACUCUGAUGGAAGGUCACAUUACCACAAGCACAAGAACAGUCACAAGGACCAUGGGGGGAACCAGAUCUCUGUGCCACCAGAGACCGCCCCUGCCGAACCACCAGGCAGUAGCAACGACGGCGGCGAUAAUUCGAGCUCAGAACCAUGUGUCUUCGACGUGAGAUCGUUCGGAGCACUUGGGGACGGAUCCAGCGACGACACCCAAGCCUUCCGGGCUGCAUGGAAGGCCGCGUGUGCGGCGGAGUCUAGUGUGCUCCUGGUGCCAUCGGAUGGUGUGUUCAUGAUCACCUCCACCAUUUUCUCGGGCCCAUGCAAGCCUGGCUUCGUUCUCCAAAUUGAUGGAGUGCUGAUGCCCCCAGACGGACCCGACUGCUGGCCGGCAUCGGACAGCAAGAAGCAGUGGCUAGUCUUCUAUAGAGUCGACGGCAUGACUCUGAAGGGAGAAGGAAUCAUCGAAGGGAACGGCGAGGAAUGGUGGAAUCUCCCCUGCAAACCUCACCGAGGACCCAAAGGAAGCACAUUGCCCGGACCUUGCGACAGUCCUGCGUUAAUCCGGUUCUUCAUGAGCUACAAUCUGACCGUGAGAGGCCUGCGCGUCGAGAACAGCCCUCAGUUCCAUGUCAAGUUCGACGGCUGCGAAGGGGUACACAUCGAGGACCUCUCCAUCAGGUCCCCUGCUCUGAGUCCCAACACCGACGGCAUCCAUAUCGAGAACACCAAGUCCGUCGCCAUCUACAAUUCCGUGAUAAGCAAUGGCGACGACUGCAUCUCCAUCGGUCCGGGCUGUUCCAACGUCGACAUAGCCAAUGUUACUUGCGGGCCAAGCCAUGGCAUCAGCAUCGGGAGCCUCGGCGUGCACAAUUCCCAGGCAUGCGUGUCGAACAUUACGGUGAGGAACGCGAGGAUUAAGAACUCGGACAAUGGGGUGCGGAUCAAGACAUGGCAGGGGGGGACGGGAUCGGUGUCCGGCAUCAGCUUCGACAACAUCUACAUGGAGAACGUGAGGAACUGCAUCAUCAUCGACCAGUACUACUGCCUGACGAAGCAGUGCCUGAACCAGACGUCCGCGGUGUGGGUGACCGACGUCGCCUACGCCAACAUCAAGGGGACGUACGACGUGCGGAGCCCGCCGAUACACUUCGCCUGCAGCGACGCCGUCGCCUGCACCAACAUCACCUUGUCCGAGGUGGAGCUCCUGCCCUACGAGGGGGUGCUGGUGGACGACCCAUUCUGCUGGAACGCGUACGGGAUCAUGCAAACGCUCACCAUUCCUCCCAUGUCCUGCUUGCAGGAGGGGCAGCCACAGUCGCUGCAGGAGAACCCGGUCUUGGGUUGCUGAGAACGCCUUGUUCGAGCUACCAUGAGCGAUCGAGAUGUGAUGACAGCUCAGUCAAAUUCAAUUAUUGAAUGCUCUUCAGAUGUGUUGACCAUGUGGCCAUGAGUCAAUGCUGUGAAGACUCUCUUGUUGCCCACACAAUGUUCGAGAAUGGAAGAGACAACAUACAGUAAAAACUGCAUUGCGUUGAACUUAUCA